ACACAGCAGCACAGGAUAUCUGCUAUCGGGAUUUCUCAGCCAGUCCUUAAAUCCAUUGGCUAGCACCUGGAGAGGGCUUUAAAAUAUCAAGCAGAACUGAGGGGCCACCAAACAUCGUCCAGGAGCUUAACUGUGCCUCAGCUGUUCUGCAGAGUGCUGCUCCUGUAGCUUUAAGGAGCUUUUAAAGGGCUUUAGGUGUUGCUACAAGGCUAGUCAGGACCAUGAGUGAAAGCCUUAGACUCCCUUCACUCCAGGUGAGCGUCCCGAUCGACGAGCCGGCGUACUCGGACGGCGGACGCAACGCAGUGUCGGACGGCUCCAUGCGCUCCAGCUCCUCCACCCCGACGCUCAGACGCAAGCGCUUCAAGAUGCGCCGCAUGAGGAACGUGCCCAGCGAGCGGGAGCUGGAGAGCCGCCGUCUGGCCGCCAAUCAUCUCACGGCCCACUCCCACUCCGGAUCGAAGGAAUACCUGCAGCUGCCGUCCAUCGAGAUCACGCCGUCCAGCGACGAGGACGCCACCUCCAACUGGUCACGCUGCUCCACGCCCAGCGCCUCGCCGCGCCGCAAGCGCUUCCUGUUGAGGAAGUGGCUGAAGGUUCGACAGAAGAAGGAGCAGGGCAGUGAGAGCAGCAGCCAGCAGAGCAGCCAGCAGAGCAGCCAUGAAGAGGACGCCUCUCGCUUCCUCACCCCUUUAAUCCAAGAGGAGAGGUCUGACAGUGCACCGGACAAGAUCAGCACUGCCAGUAACUCAAACAAGAGCACCCCCGCCUGCUCGCCUGUGCUGCGUAAACGCUCGCGCUCCCCCACCCCACACAGCCCGGAGGGAGAGAACAUGGUGGAGAAAGGUUCAGAUCACUCCUCUGACAAAUCCCCCUCUACACCCGAGCAGGUCGUCCAGAGAACAUACUCCCUGCAGUCAGCGAGAAGCGGCGGGAAAAACUCAAAGUCUCACAAGCGACUUUCCAAAAAGAGCCAAAGCUGGUACAACCAUGAAAGACAACACAUCCUGAGAGUGCUGAGCCCGACAUACAAGCAGCGCAAUGAGGACUUUAGGAAACUCUUCAAGCAGCUCCCCGACACAGAGAGACUCAUUGUUGAUUACUCCUGUGCUCUGCAGCGGGACAUCCUCCUGCAGGGGCGACUCUACCUCUCCGAGAACUGGAUCUGUUUCUAUAGCAACAUCUUCCGCUGGGAAACACUGCUGACGGUGCGGUUAAAGGACAUCUGCUCGAUGACGAAAGAGAAGACGGCCCGCCUCAUUCCCAACGCCAUCCAGGUCUGCACGGACACCGAGAAGCACUUUUUCACCUCGUUCGGCGCCAGGGACCGGACGUACAUGAUGAUGUUCAGGCUGUGGCAGAACGCGCUGCUGGACAAGCCGCUCUGCCCCAAAGAGCUCUGGCACUUUGUCCAUCAGUGCUACGGGAACGAGCUCGGGCUGACCAGCGACGACGAGGACUACGUUCCCCCCGACGACGACUUCAACACCAUGGGGUUCAGCGAGGAGAUUCCCAACGAGGAGAACGAGAUCAACAACGACAACAUGUCCAAGAGCAGCGCCGAGGCCAAGCCUGAGGGCAGCCCACCCGCCCUGCAUAAGAAGGUCCUGCCACACCUCAGCCUCCCCAGCAACCACGAGUCACCCAUCACAUUCGAGCUCCCGGCAGAAGAGUUCGCGGACUGCCUCCCUGACGGAGAGCUGCUGGCUCUGCCUCUGCUGGUGGAGGAGAGGAGCAGCGACUCCAGCCGGCCUGGAGCUCCUGCUCCCUCUCCGUCUCUGGACUUCAACGACAACGAAGACCUCCCCACGGAGCUCAGCGACUCCUCGGAGACGCACGACGAGGGUGAGGUCCAGGCGUUCCAGGAGGAUCUGAACGGCCGGCAGCACAUCAACGAGAUCUACAAGUUCAGCGUGGACAAACUGUACGGCCUCCUCUUCACCGAGUCCGCGUUCAUGGGCGACUUCAUGGAGCAGCGGCGCUUCUCAGAUGUGGUGUAUCACCCGUGGAAGAAGGAGGAUGCUGGGAAUCAGACCAGAGAGAUCAUGUACACCAUCUCUCUGUCCAACCCUCUGGCCCCGAAGACAGCCACCGUCACCGAGACUCAGACACUGUAUAAAGCCAGUCAGGAGAGCGAGUGUUACAUCAUCGAUGCCGAGGUCAUCACGCAUGACGUGCCGUACCACGACUACUUCUACACGCUAAACCGCUACAUGCUAACCCGGGUGGCCAAGAACAAGUGCCGGCUACGGGUGUCGACGGAGCUGCGCUACAGGAAGCAGCCGUGGGGUUUGGUGAAGGGCUUCAUCGAGAAGAACUUCUGGAGCGGGCUGGAAGAGAACUUCAGACAUCUAGAGCUGGAGCUGUCCAAGCUGGAGGACCUCCUGACAGAGUCCCACCAGCUGUCUCCGAAGGCCAAGGCGACGAAGAACUCCACGGUGCGGCGGAAGAAGAGGCCGCUCCCUCACCUGCGCAGCCAACACCUGGACGAGGCGCUGAGUCCCGUCACCACGCCGACGGACGAGGAAGUGAUUCAGAGGAUCAAACAGGUGGCGGGGUCCACGCAGACCCGGCACCUGAGUCCGGAGCACCACCUGCCCGGAGGCCUGGCCCUGUACAGCGUCUCCAAACUGCUGCUCAUCAUCAGCUUUGUUCUGGUGCUGCUGGUGUUCCUCAACAUGAUGCUCUUCUACAAGCUGUGGAUGCUGGAGUACUCCACCCAGUCCCUCACAACGUGGCAAGGUCUGCGGCUGCACGAAAGUAAACUGCCUCAGACGCAGAUGGAGUGGGCCCAGCUCCUGGAGGCGCAGCAGCGUUACCACGACUCGGAGCUGCAGAAGUGGAGGGAGAUCAUCAAGUCGUCGGUAGUGCUGCUGGACCAGAUGAAAGACUCCCUGCUGAACCUGCAGAGAGGCAUCGGUUUGAGGGACUUCAGCUCCGAGGCUGAGGAGAAGAGAAGCCGAUACCACUGACCAAUACCAGCCGGGCCCUGAGGGCGUGCUGUGCAAUAUGCUGUAGGACCUGAGGACGGAGGGGGCGGGACCAACCGGGAGCUGGUCCAAUAGAAACAAAGCGAGGAUCAGUCGUCUCCAGCGCACAGGGGGAGGAAAUCUCGGACAGGAGGUGCUCCUAUCACACGCAGGAACUGAGGCGGCACCCAACUGAGGCAUUGUGGGAAGGUCUUCUCUCCUGUGGGACAAACCGUUUUUACCUCUCUUAUUUCCAAGUGCAUCCUACUGUAAGCCAUGAGGACCGGAGAGGAAGAGGGAAACUACUGCAUGCAUUUAGACAACAUAGCUCCCCUCAGUCAGUGUCCAUGUGGUCCAGUUCCAGUCUGUGUGUCAAACAAAAAGAAGAACAGAAGACCAAGGAUGACCUUUCGAGUCCUAGCGGCUGUCUACGCUCUCUAGACUGUUCCAAACCAACCGUCGCCCUACAGGUCCUCGCUGCAGAAUCCCUUCGUUAACCUCCAUGUGAUCAGGGGACAGUGUUUGUCCACAACCAAAAAGGAAGAGAAGGGUUGUGAGCUCAGCUUCUCCAGCAGUCCCUGUUGCCUUGUCUGAACCUGGCCAGUGAGUCUCCGUCGGGGCUGGUUCCCUGUCAGACUGUUGGAAUAUUUAUAAAGACUGAGACCUAGAGCCAGUACUUUUAACACAACUCACAUAAUCAGUGCCCCAGUGUUAGGUACCUCUCAUUAUUCCUCCUCCUUCCAAUGAAGCAGAAUGUAUUAGCCUGGACUAAGAGGCCAGACUUUGAUCACCACUUAUUCAUUUUUCAAAAAAGGGGGGUGCUGCAGCAAGGCCAAUAGGGAGGCCUGUGUUCCUACAUGUUUUAUUACUAAACUGUGACUAUAUCUCUUUGAAAAUGUUUCAAAUGCUAUGAAUAUAUUUGAAAUAUAUAAGAAUAUUUCAUUAUUUAAUAUAUAUAUAUUUCAAAAUAUAUAAACAUUACCUAUAUUUAUUGUUAAUUUAUGUACAUACAGAAAUUAUCAGAGCUCUAGACCGGUUUAAGAAUUUCUAACAAAAGUGUUUUCUUCUAAAAACGCAUGCCAGAUAUGUCUGUGACAUGUCCAGUGUGCAAGUAUGAUUCUGCAUUUGCGCGGUUAUAAGCGUGCACGUGUGAGUGUGUGAUCGCGUGUGAGUAUGUGCGUGCAUGCGUGCGUGUGCGCACAAGUGUGUGCUGUAAAGUGUGACAUUUUUACCAUUCCACACGUGUGUGUUUCUUACUUUUGAUUUUCUGGCUCCUGCGGCCAGGCUGCCUUUUUUAAUGCCUAAUGCGUUUGGAUGUCGCCUUGCAUCAGCCCCGCCAGGGAACAGUUUACAGUCCAAGAGUUUAGUUCCAAAAUGACAUAUCCAACAUUUGAACACCAAGUUACACCUACUUCAAAAUGAUUGACUGCUGAAAAUAUGAAUUAAUGUCAGUGUUUGACACACAGGAGCAGGAAGAAGGAGACACAAUGGAUCUAAAUGUUGAGCUAAACUAUUCUUCUCUUGGUAAGGAUAUAUAACGUUUUGAGGUGAACGCUUCAUUUGCCCUCUCUGACGUCUCUUUGCUGAGGAAUACUUUUCAAAGGAAUUUAUAAACUUCACUUUGGCUCAAAGUGAGGGUAAUGUUGAAACCACAUUUAUGCUAAAUAUGAAAUUAGAGCCAGCUGCUAGUUAGCUUAGUAACCAUUUCCUGUCCAUACCUAAAGGACAUUUUCUUCUGGCUCUACUGGCUAGCUGCUAGUUAGCUAGGCAGCAUGCUUGCAAGCAUAUUUUCCUUUGUUUAUGCUAAGCUAACCAUUUAAUGGCUAGCUGCUGGUUGGCUAAGCUGUAUGCAAGCCUAGAUAUUAGCAGUGCGCUAGCAAUGGGAAAUCCAUUAUUGGUCCCACAGCGGGGAAAGAUACAGCAAAAGUGGCAUAGCAGGUAAAGAAAUGGGCAUGCUGUAACACAGAAUAAGCAAACAUGAAUAAUUCUGGCUUAGCUAUUUCCCUUUUUCAAUGCUAAGCAAACCAACAAAUGACUUGCUGCUGGUUGGCUAAGCUGUAUGCAAGCCUACAUAUUAGAUAGAUAGCUAUUUCCCCCCUUUUUGGUAAAUGUUUCAAGCUAAGCUAACCAUAGCCUGGCUCUAGCUUCAUAUGGCCUUGUACAUGACACUGGUUUCUUCCCAUGACACUCUCAGCAAGAAAGUAAAUAAGCAUAUUUCACCAAAAGUCAAAUUACUUAUAAAACACCGAUACUAUACUCUCCCUUCCCCCGGUUCAAGUGUCUGUCUUGGAUGCAAUGAAAGCAUGAAAAAUGAACUUUUGAACCAAAAGAAAGAAGUAGAAAUGUACCUUCACAAAUGAUCAUGUUGUGUUAAGUGAAGUAUUUAUCAUGUAUGUCAUGUGUUAUAUUUACUGGGUUAGAGCAUCUUUUAAGAGUUUGUCCACAGAGACCCCUAACAGCUGACAUAUUAGGGACGAAAGCACUUCCAAAAACAAGAAAGACUUCCGUGUUUAAAAAAGAAGAAGAAAAGAAAGCACUUUAAAGCCUUUUCAGGUAACGAAUGAAAGAAAGACACAGCAGCGGUUUAGUGUGGAGGGUUACUGCGGUGCGUUUGACUUCAUUUGACAAUCACAACUUCCAAACUCAUUAGAAAAAGCUGGAUUUAGUUUCUGUUCACCAAUUACUUCUACAAACAUAUAGUGUGAAGCCCUUUCACAUCCAAAAAGUUCAACGUAGGACUGACACACUCUCCUGUCUGUAUCAGGGCGAGAGGGAGUGAUGUGUGUGAGGGAGUAGUAUCUUUACUGUGUGCCUGACUGACGUAUUGAGAACAGCUUCAGGACCGGACCCCUGCUGUGUGUGUGUGCAUAUUUUACUCUUGAAGAAAGGCGCUGAUGGGAGCCUUGAGACCUGAAUGUGAGAGGGUGGAGGUGCUUUCUGUUGUAUAGAAAUCACUUUCACCACCCUGAACGAUUACUGUGAAGUAAUGCUUCAUGCGUGUGAUGCUCCCGAGAUGUCACGGACGUGAAAGCGUGAUCGAAAUGCUUUAAAGUGUUUGUUUUUGAUGAAAUGGAUUUAGUUUUUCUUUUCAAAAAUGCUUGAAUUUCAUUUUUCUGUUUUUAAAAAUGACGUUCUCAUUCUGUGUUGAACGACACAUUGUAAACGCUUGAUUCAGUUGGUUGUUCUCCCUUGUUUUAUUGACCGGAGUUUCAUCUCGGGACACUGAAUGUGAUUUAAGUGUGAAGGCUGAGCGGCACUUUUAAUAUAACUGCUGUAAAACUGCACGUCCUCCUCAAUCCAAAUUAGAUUUCCACUGCAGCCUCGCAGCGGGGAUCAAUUUCAUUUCACCAAUCUCCACAAUUAUGCAAAUCACAUAAUGUCACCAUCCCCCUUCAAAAGCUCCUAUUGGUUUCCAACGUUAAAUAAUCCAAGCCUCGACCUCCCACAGGUGCCACCAGUCAGGUGCAGGUUGCUUGUUUAAUCUCCUCCACAUGACUGUAUGAAGACUAUCGCUGCACAGCUGGGUGCCACCGUUUUAAAACACUAACGAAGGAUGACUUUAUUAAUGGGCAUUUUCCUUGCAAUGGGUGCAACACACACAUCCCAGCUCACAGCCUCGGUUCACACGGUAGUAAUCACACACACCCUGCUGAACACGAUCAAACUCAUAGCGAAUGCUCUUCUUCGAGUGGUAAAAUGUGGAGUUCUGUUCAAAUCUCUUCUGUAUGUUUGGGUUUUUUUGGAAAUGUUUUAAUCUCUAGAGAGACUUUUAGUGAAAUUUCUACUUGAGAUGAAUAUACUGUAAGUAUAUGUUGUGUAUAUCUGCAGUGCGCGCACAGACACACACACACUGACAGAAGAAUCCAGCCUGCGCUGCGCGUAGGUUUUGACUUGCCGAUGACUUUGCCUCAUGUAGACUGAAGAUAAAGUGGCUUUCUGGUUCAUGUGAAGUAGAGACUGGAAGAAUAAAAAGAGAUAUAAUAAACA